CCCAGCUUCUUCUCCUGCACUUCUUCGUUCGCUUGCUCUUCUUGCUCCAUUGUCGCCGUCGAUCAACAGAUUUCGUCAGAGCUCUCGGUUCCAUGGUCUCCAUUGUUACAGGGUCAAGCUUCGUUGCCUUCAAAUCCGCCGGGAAUCUUUCCGACCGGGAGAACUUUCAGUCCCGGCGAUGGGCUCCCAUUCGUUCUCUCAGAUUCUCUCAUCUCUCUCGUCUUCGGGUUCAGCAAGCGCUUCCGUCUUCUUCAUUCUCGCUUAAUGGCGUAGCGAAGGUUCGUCGUUUAGGGUUGUGUGGUAAGCUUUGUGCGGAGAAAGGAGAUGGAAGAAGCGACGGUGUAGCGGAGGAAACGGAGAGACUGGCUAGAGGAGAGAGCACGAUGCCUGACAGGUUCAGGUAUUUGACCAAAGAAGCUCCCGAUCCAACCGUUCGGUGGCCUUGGUUUGUGGCACUAGCGUUUCUUGUGUAUUCAUGGAGAGCUGUCUUGUUUGAACUAUCCAACUGGAGAAAAGCCGCUCUAACCAUACUCAGGAUUCUGGGAGACCUUCUGAAACUUGGCUUGGCCCUUGUCUUCCACUUCAUUGGCGACCCAAUCACAUCCCUCAUCAGUUUCAUCGAGACUGCAAUGUACAGCAUCCGGGCCUUCUACUCUGGCAUUGUGGCUUACACCCCUAUCAGAGAGUUGACCACUGUUGUCCUGCUUGCAUCAUCAGUCCUAGCUGUAGGAGAGGCCAUUGCUCCCAACUCUAUCAGCAGCCAACCAUACGUCCUAACUGUUGCGGGCUUGAUUGGCUAUGCCGCCGUUCAGAGCUACAUCUCCGAGCCAUUCUUCUGGACUCUCUUACUGGGUCUGUAUGGCUUCUCGCGUUUGAUCAAGAAGCGAGGCCAUGUCACUUCUGCUCUUCCAUCAGCUGCCGUUCUAGCUGCAGUAGGAGAACCAUGGGUGCGAGUCAUGGCCAUGGCCGGGUAUCUGGCUCUAGCCAUGUAUCACAAUUCGAGGAGGCCAUCAGACAGGAAGCUAGAAAGCGAGGGCUCGAAAACUGGUAGGAGUGUUCCAGUGCCAUUGUUGGCUGUUGCAUUGGCCAUGGGUGUGCGUCUUGCUGCGAAAUGGGCCGGAUACAGGCACUUGACAUGGAUGAUAGUAUGACCCUGCAGCUAAAGCACAGAUCUUUUCAUGUGAAGUGGAUGUGUCUUGUGUCUGGUCUCAUCAUCAUCUUAUGUCAGAGUGAGAUCUGGUUCAGUUGUAGUUGUAGAGGCUUGUUUCUGCUUGUGCCGAUGUUUCAUAGAGUGAAAUCAAAUGGAAAAAAAGGGCCAUAACUCCAAGUUAGCAUGGUUCAUAUUUCUCCUAAUAUUUUGCUUGUCGACAAAUAAAAAUCCAAUUUUUAUGA